AUGAGAUUGAUUGGUUGGUUUUGUGCUUUCCUUCUCCUUUCUUGGAUUCCAGAAUAUCUCUGUCGAAAUAAUCUCACUGUAGUAUGUUUAAUACCUCACAUAAGCUCGCUUUCGGUCGGCAAAUUUUUGGUUACCUCUGUAAAGGCCGCAGGUCAUGACAUUAAUCAAGCAAACAAUAUUUUAUCAAACUACAGCCUACAGAUGGAAUUUUACGAUAGCAAGACAAAUGGCCCACUAGCUACUAAACUUCUGAUUGAUUCAGUGUUCCGUCAACCCCAGAAAAUUGCAGUUAUUGGUCCUUUACUAUCCACAACAACAGAAUAUGUUGCUUCCAUUUCAAAAUAUUGGAACUUAGUUCAGAUUGGUUACGCUUCUAUAACUGUUGCUUUGGACGAUAGAUCGAUAUAUCCAUACUAUUUUCGAACAGCUGUAACGGAAAAGAGUUUUAACGCAGCCAGGUUGGCUUUCUUUAAGCAUUUUCAGUGGAAUAAAAUUGGGAUUGUCCAUAGUUCAUCUGGCGCUUAUCCUAAGUCUGCAUUACUAGUGCUAAACGAAAUGACUAAAGCCAACGUGGAUGUCGCUGUUAUAGAAAGUAUCACCGGAGAUGGUAGCUUUGCCUUAAACAGUUUGAAGAGUAAAGACGUCCGAAUUAUCAUGUUCUUCGGAGGAAGUAACAUAGCCUUAAAAGUAAUGUGCUCGGCAUAUCAUUUGCAUAUCUACGGGCCAAAGUACUCAUGGUGGUUUCAAGGAUGGCUGCAUUCUACCUGGUGGGACGUAGAAAGUCCAAAUAAUAAUUGCACGAAGGAACAGCUUUUUGAGGCCAUUAACAAUAAUACAUUUUAUACCAAAACCCCAUUAUAUUCAACUUCUGGUAGGAUUUCCAUAUCUGGCAAGGCCGGAACUCAGUACUAUCAGCGACUAGAAAAUAAUUUAAAUCAAUCAAAUACCUCCUUUUCAAUUUCUGAUUCAAUUGGGACAAUAUACGAUGCUGUGUGGUCUCUAGCGUUAGGAUUAAAUCGUACAGAACAACGACUAAAUAUGAAUAAAACGUCCAUUACUGAAUUUGACUAUCAAAACACUUUCAUACGCUCUGUAUUAGUGGAAAAAUUAUCUAAACUAUCAUUUUAUGGAGUGACGGGAUACAUCUCCUUUCUAAACGGGAGUAGUCGACUAGGUGAUGUGACUAUUUCGCAGCAACAAGUUUGGGAUUCUCGCACUGCUGUCGCAUUUUAUAAUAUUCAAAAGAAUACUUUGGAAAUCAAUAACGCUUCCCUGAAAUGGCCAGAAGGUACGCCUCCAAAAGAUCGGUUAAUUAUCACCGUGAUUAUUAGAACUAUCGCCCCAGAAUUGUUUAUACCAUUCGCCAUCGUAAGCUGCCUGGGAAUAUUGUUUUCAUUAGCAAUUAUGACUUAUGUGGCAAUGAAGAGGCAUAACAGGUUUAUCAAGAUGUCAAGUCCCAAUUUAAAUUACUGUAUCUUAAAUGGAUGUAUCAUGUGCUACCUAUCGGUAGUAUUUUUAGGACUAGAUGGCCGUUUCAUUCCCGCAAUUCAACGACAAUACAUGUGCACCAUCCAAAUUUGGUUUCUAAGUUUAGGUUUUACUAUAGCAUUUGGUGCAGUAACUGUUAAGACUUGGCGAAUAUAUAGAAUAUUCUUUAAUGCCAGUGGCUUAAAAUUGGUUGUCAAGGACUUACGAUUGAUUGGAUAUGUAGUGCAGAUUCUUGCAAUUGAUGCUGUGAUUUUGAUUUUAUGGGCCGUAAUAGAUCCUAUUAAAACUACUGUAGUGAAUACCGAAAAAAAACUUUCAAAUAUAAAUAUAGAAAUCAUCGUACAAAAACAAAUUCAAGUCUGCCAGUCUUCACACAAUACCAUUUGGCUAGCAGCAAUAUUUUCCUAUAAGAUGCUUCUACUACUUUGGGGUGUAAUUUUAGCAUGGAAAACAAGAAAGAUAGAUAUUGAUUCACUCAAUGAUUCACGUUCUCUCGCUAUGACAAUUUAUAACAUUUUCGUCCUAAGCUGCGCUGGAGUUACUAUUAACUUGGUAUCUCAUCUAAUUCUUGAUGCGGGCUAUGCUUUAAAAGCUGGAUUUAUAAUCUUAUGUACCACAACGUCCAUGGCUUUAAUAUUUAUCCCGAAGGUAAAUAACCAUAUUAACAAAGCAUUUAGGCAGUAA